AUGGCCCGCUGGCAAGGUUUCCUGGGACCACGCCUGGGCAAUGAACUGGUGGAUGGCGCAGCGCCUUCAGGCCAUGCUCCGCGUCCAAACACUGAUGGCCAGGUGGCUUCGACAGCUAGGCAUGCAGACACUUUGCAGGCACAGCCCAAUGGCCACGUGAGGUCUUUGGUGCGAGAGGCAGCACAGACCGUGGCAGCCUCCGUCCCGCCCAGGCCUUCUCAAACACCAGUGCAGCUCAUCAUUCAGAACAGCUCGACGGUUACAACAACGCAGCAACCACAAGAGAAGCCACCGCAACCACCAAAGAUGCCGCAGAACAUGUGGGAAUUGUCCCGGAAGGAUUUGGUAGACUUUUGGACAUCGCCACUGAACCGCAUUUGCCUGCUGGGUUUGGCUGGCUUCCUGCUCUGGAUCUACCAUGACAACAGCCAGCACAAGUGGCGCAUGUCAGAGCUGCAGCGGCGAAUCGACCAAAAUCCUUUCACCAAGCUGGUUGCAUUGGCGUUUGGGCCCUCUUCCUGGCCGAAGUGA